CAAUAUGACUCAGAACAACAGUGGGACAAGUCUAGCAAUGUAAAAACUGUACUCUUCCUCGCCUCAAUCAGAAUAUGUUGACAAAUAUUCCCAAUAAGAUGAUUUCGUAGUCGAACUUGAUAAUGUAAUCAAGAGAAAAUAAAGCGCAAAAGUAACACAAAGUCAAUGCGAGCUUUGCACCAAUGGUACUUAGCAAGUAAACGAGGAAUAACAACCGAGAGCCGUUGUUGGUGAGGGACUAUCGUCAUACCGUUGAGUCGAACCGUAGUAGUAUAUAUUUACGGUCGAACCUACAGCCCGGGAAAAUCAGUAAAUCAAACUUAACUUGUGUGGAUGGGCAUCUAAUAUUCACAUGCGGGGCGUUUGCAAAAACUAAAACAUCGCAUGUACUCGUAUUUGAAGCAUUCGUGGGAUUUCCGACGGGUAUUCUGGGAUUUUUUUUUAUCUGGUUACAGUUUUUAUUCAUUGAUGGAAUUCAACGACUAACAUACACAUACCCAUUGAUGGAAUUUCAGCGAUGUCAUGGUUAGCGAAUGCACAAUUACUUAAAACGUGGUGAGCGCAAUCUGCAGUACUGUACAUGUGGCGGGGUUUUCUCAAAUCUCACACAUUUGCGGUAGUGGCGGGGGCUUUAUCCAAAAGAUCCGUAUUCUGACCUCUGGUUCGUUAAGUGCUGAUGAUACCUAAUGUACUAUACUUAGGACCGAAUGAACACAAAAGCGCUAGACGAAAAGCGCAAGUGAAUCAACUUUACAGAAAACGAGUAAAAGGCAAAAGAAAAAGUUCGGCCAGUUAUUAUUUAUGACGCAGAACAGCUGAUUUGCCAAAUCGUGUUCCUCUCAACUAUAUAUAUAUUUUUUGUUGAGAUGAAUAAGAUAUACAGACUAUAAUUUGUUUACACAUACAAAAUAUUAUGAAUUAGUGAAAAAAUCUGAAAUUUAAAGUAAUUUUUUUUAAGUCAUUAACUUCAAUAAUAUUAAAGUAAAAAUGAACAGGAACACUAUUUGUAUAUCAACAAACCUACAAUUCGAUGACCGUAUUGCCGACAGGCUGAACAAAAACUUGAUGGCUGCAUUAAUAGCUCUCGGUUUAGUCAUUCAAAACUUGGAAUUUGCCUCAACCACAACUGAAAUAUAUUCACGUGCAUAUAUUUCUGUGAAAGCAGCAGAAUCAAAUAGUCAAGAAGGACUUAACACACCAUCUUUUGUUACUGAGGGAAUAUUUUUAAAAUCUGGUGUUUUGAAAAAUGUAGAAGGAAAACUAUGCAAGGUCAAUAAUAACUUUUUAUUGAAUCCUAACUUAUCGUCAGAAGAAAGCAAUUGGAUUGGAAUUAUUUAUGAUGAAGAUAUUGAGAAUCUGGAACAUGAUGACAUUGAAUACGAUAAUAGAGGAAACAAAAUAAAAUUGAAGAAGGAGUUGAAUCAAGAUAUUAAAAUAAGGAUGAAAUAUUUAAAGGAUAAAAUCAAAAAAAUUUUGUUGCUUGGCGCAUCAGCAUUAAUUAUAAUGGUGAAGAAUGUUCAUAUUGCAAAGGAGUUUGAUGUCAAACAAGUUUUUUCAAAGCCUAUUGUACUUCUCCAUGGUGUUGAGAAUGUCACAAAAAUUUUACAACUCUUCUCAUUGAGGUACGAUUUAUUUGCAAAGAUUCAGCGAAGCAUUCCUUACUACAGUUUGGCUAGUACUAUUGGAACGGUGACACUUUGGGCAACAUGUGGCAGAUCUACUAGCGGCACAUUCAAUGAAUGGCAGGGCACAGUUUGUAUUGGUCGAGGCAUGAUUUCGGGAAAAGCUAUGGAUGAAUAUUUCAGCAUAAUGACUUGGAAUGCAGCAUUACUUCUAUUUAUUUGUUCAAUUGUAUACAUCUAUAUAAAAUUAUGUCGAAAUGGAUUGGGAUUCGAAAAUAAUGACAAUGAGAUGAGCAAUGAAAUGCUUGCCAAGAACAUCCUUUCACAAAUGAGUAUUGAAAUAUAUCGAUCGAAGGGAAGGACUUCCGGCAGAAAAUAUAAAAAACGGUCCGAUUCUAUGGAUGAAGGAGGGAGGAAAUUUGAUAAUCCACCUGAGCAAUGUGUUAUUUGCCUUGAUAUGUUUUUUCCGUUACAACGAUUGCGCGUACUGCCUUGCAAACACUCAUUUCAUAUGAAUUGCAUUGAUCGGUGGCUUCUAUUAAGACAGACCUGUCCGAUGUGUAAAUAUAACAUCCUCGAUCAUGUUCAAACAACCAGUGAUGCUUAGGAAAUGUUACCAUUGACAUCAUAUACCUUAGGAAUACACAUACAUUUUGCUUUCCCAUAUUUAUUUUAAAAUACACUAUUUAAGAGUCUGAUGAAUAUAUUUCUUU